AUGUCCACUGUCACGAAGAAAUUCGUCAAUGAUCCUGUGGACGCUGUCGAUGACGCCCUCAAUGGCUUGGUGAAUGGAUCAGAACACAUCACUUUUGACAAGAACUGUCGCCGCGUAGCUUUGCGAGCCGACUACUCUGAUUACUGCGCAAAGGGCAUGGUGACACUCAUAGCUGGCGGCGGAUCGGGUCACGAGCCAUACGCUGCA